CUCUUCCCGUGCAUGGUGACGUCAGACUCCUCUUGGCAGUCUGGAAGUCACUACGAGAGUGGAGCCGCUAGAAGGAUACACAAUUAACCAAGUAGGGAAAGAAGGAGAGGAGACAUUCUCAGUGCCAGGCUUCGAACUGUAAAACUGGGAAUAUUUCCACCGUCACAGCGGAAGAGUAGCUCCGAUUUUACCCCAAAACUGGGGUAGCGUCCGCGACACUCCCGCAAUGGAUAGAGUUUUAACUUGUCUCCUUGCUGCGGUCAGUUUACUGGUUUCAGUUCGAGGACAAGUAUUCAAAGGUGACUGCAACUUCGAAAGACCCUACACAUCGUGCGGCUACACUCAAGGCAAAGAUGACGACUUCGAUUGGGAACAAGGCAACACCAAGGAAAGAUCCUCCUCAGAUCCCUGGGUCCCUGCCGGCUCUGCCUUCAUGAUGGUGAACACGUCCGGGCGGUCCGCCGGGCAGAAGGCCCAGCUGUUCGUGCCCCAGCUGAAGGAGAACGACACCCACUGCAUCAUAUUCCAGUACUACGGCGCCAGCCGCGAGGGCCUCGUGCCCGGCCAGCUCAACAUCUACGUCAAGGAGAACAACAGCCCGCUGGGCAUCCCCGUGUGGAACGCCACCGAACUGGCUUCACACAAGUGGCACCAGGUGGAGCUGGCAGUCAGUACCUUCUGGCCCAACUUCUAUCAGCUUGUCUUUGAGGUGGUGACCACAGGACAACGCGGCCUAGUGGCCAUCAAGGACAUCACACUCCAGGGACACCAGUGCAUGAGCACCCCGCACUUCAUGCACAUCAAAGGCGUGGAGGUUAAUGCCAGACAAAGCGCCACCUUCUCCUGCACCAUCAAUGGCCAGCCAAAAGACCAUGCCAGCUUCAAGCUCUGGUUACAGGGAAUCGGAGGCAGACAGGCCCCCAUGAAGGAGACUAAGCCGGUGAACGCACGGAGGUACAUGGCCGCCUUCGAUGUGGAGAACACCACCAAAGGAGACUCUGGCCGGUACCGCUGCAUCGUCCAGUCAGACCGGGGCGUGGGCGUGUCGAGUUAUGCCGAGCUCAUUGUCAAACAACCUCCAGUUCCGAUCGCCCCACCUCAGCUCAUUGCUGUCGGCGCCACCUACCUGUGGAUCCAGCUCAACGCCAACUCAAUCAACGGAGACGGCCCCAUCACCGAGCGCGAGGUCGAGUACCGCACCGUGUCUGGGAGCCUGAUUGACAACCAGCCCGUGGACAAGCCCACCCACAAGAUUGGCCAUCUGGACCCGGACACUGAGUACGAGAUCAGCGUGCUUCUGACCCGACCCAAUGAUGGGGGUACCGGGGCGCCUGGUCCUCCACUGCGUGCCAGAACCAAGUGUGCUGAUCCUAUGCACGGGCCACGUAAGCUGCAAGUGGUGGACAUCAAGUCCAGGCAGAUCACGCUUCGCUGGGAGCCAUUCGGGUACAACGUGACGCGUUGCCAUAGCUACAACCUGACUGUGCAGUACCGGUACCAGGCCGGAGGCAAGGAGGAGACCCGGGAGGAGCUGUGCUAUGACACCCUCAGUACCACCCCGCAGCACACCAUCCGCAACCUCUCCCCCUACACCAACGUCAGCGUCAGGCUGAUGCUGCACAACCGCGAGGGGGUCAAGGAGAGUGAGGAGCUGGGAAUGCUGACAGAUGAAGAUGUGCCCGGCCCUGUACCCCUGGAGUCCAUCCAUGGAAACACUUACGAGGAAAAGAUCGCCCUCAAAUGGCAGGAGCCUGUGCAGACGUAUGGAAUCAUCAAGCAGUAUGAGAUCUUCUACAAGGCUGUCAGCUCCUUCGACACGGUGUUCAACCUGACCAACCAGAGCGGCAAGGUGCUGAAGUUCAGCAACGAGACGUCACACACGUUCGAGGGGCUCUACCCAGGCUCGACCUACUCCUUCACCAUCAAAGCCAGCACCAUCAAGGGCUUUGGGCCACCAGCUAUCGCCCAGUUCACCACCAAGAUAUCAGCCCCACUGAUGCCCCCGUAUGAGCAGGAGACACCUCUGAAUCAGACAGACAGCACCGUUACUGUGCUACUCAAGCCAGCACAGAGCAGAGGCGCGCCCAUCAGUUUGUACCAGGUGGUGGUGGAGGAGGAGCGCCCCCGGCGGGCACGGAGGGCGGCGGAGAUCCUGCGCUGCUACCCGGUGCCAAUCCACUUCCAGAACGCCAGCCUGCUCAGCUCGCAGUACUACUUCAGCGCCGAGUUCCCCGCCUCCCGCAUCCAGACCUCCAAGACCUUCACCAUCGGCGACAACAAGACCUACAAUGGCUACUGGAACGCCCCCCUGUUGCCUCACAAGAGCUACAGCGUCUAUUACCAGGCCGUCAGCACGGCCAAUGGGGAGACCAAAAUCGAUUGUGUACGAGUGGCCACUAAAGCUGCCAUAAUCGUGACUCAGCUCACAACGCCGUACAUUCGCCUCGCUCCUGCCGCGGGCGACAACCAACUAACAGGUGCAGCCACUCGCAAACCAGAUGAGGUUGAGACAGAGAAACCGUCCGAUCAUACAGUGAAGAUUGCCGGAGUUAUCGCCGGCAUUCUGCUCUUCAUCAUCAUCUUCCUUGGCGUGGUUCUAGUGAUGAAGAAACGAAGAACCUAUCACUCCUACACUUAUUACCUGAAACUGGCCAAGAAGCGCAAAGAGACCCUGAGCAGCACCCGGCAGGAGAUGACAGUGAUGGUGAACUCCAUGGACAAGAGCUACACAGAGCAAGGCACCAACUGUGAUGAAGCCAUCUCCUUUAUGGACACCCACAACCUCAAUGGCAGAAGUGUUUUGCUAAAAGCUGUUUCCUCGCCGUCGUCAUUCACCAUGAAGACUAACACCCUGAGCACCUCCGUGCCCAACGCCUACUACCCAGAUCCAUUUGUGCCAACUGCUAUCUUAGUGCCAAUUAAUGACGAGACCCACACGAUGACCAGCGAUACCAGCAGCCUGGUGCAGUCCCACACCCACUCCUUCAAGAAGAGGGAGGCGGUGGAUGUUCCCUACCAGACUGGACAGCUGCAUCCUGCGAUCCGUGUGGCCGACCUCCUGCAGCACAUCACCCAGAUGAAGUGUGCCGAGGGCUAUGGCUUCAAAGAGGAGUAUGAGCUAAAUGAGAGCUUCUUCGAAGGCCAGUCGGCUCCCUGGGACUCGGCGAAAAAGGAUGAGAACCGCAUGAAGAACCGCUACGGAAACAUCAUCGCAUAUGAUCAUUCCCGCGUGAGGCUUCAGCCUGUUGAGGGAGAGCAGACUUCCGACUACAUUAAUGCAAAUUAUGUCGAUGGCUAUCAUAGACCAAACCACUACAUCGCUACCCAAGGACCAAUGCAGGAGACCGUAUAUGACUUCUGGAGGAUGAUUUGGCAAGAGAACACUGCUACCAUUGUCAUGGUAACCAACUUGGUGGAGGUUGGACGUGUGAAGUGCUGCAAGUACUGGCCAGAUGACACUGAGAUCUACAGGGACAUGAAGGUGACAUUGAUCGAGACCCAGCUGCUGUCCGAAUAUGUCAUACGCACCUUUGCAGUCGAAAAGCGGGGUGCCCACGAGAUUCGAGAGAUUCGUCAGUUCCACUUCACCGGCUGGCCAGAUCACGGCGUGCCCUACCAUGCCACCGGCCUGCUGGGUUUCGUGCGCAGGGUGAAGUCCAAGAGUCCCGCCAACGCUGGGCCCAUGGUGGUCCACUGCAGCGCGGGAGCUGGCCGGACCGGCUGCUUCAUCGUCAUCGACAUCAUGCUGGACAUGGCCGAGCGCGAGGGCGUGGUGGACAUCUACAACUGUGUGAGAGAGCUGCGCUCCCGCCGGGUCAACAUGGUGCAGACAGAGGAGCAGUAUGUGUUCAUCCAUGAUGCCAUCCUGGAGGCGUGCCUGUGCGGGGACACCACCAUCCCCUCCUCCCAGCUCCGCUCCGUCUACUACGACAUGAACCGCCUGGACCCCCAGACCAACUCCAGCCCCAUCAAGGAGGAGUUUAGGACACUGAACAUGGUGACUCCCACGUUGCGCGUAGAGGACUGCAGCAUCGCGUUGUUGCCGCGCAACCAUGAGAAGAACCGCUGCAUGGACGUGCUCCCGCCCGACCGCUGCCUGCCCUUCCUCAUCACCAUCGACGGCGAGAGUAGCAACUACAUCAACGCUGCACUCAUGGAUAGUUACAAGCAACCCUCAGCAUUCAUCGUUACCCAGCAUCCUUUGCCCAACACUGUAAAAGACUUCUGGAGGCUGGUCCUAGACUACCACUGCACGUCUAUCGUGAUGCUAAACGAUGUCGACCCGGCACAGCUGUGUCCACAGUACUGGCCUGAGAAUGGGGUCCACAGGCAUGGGCCCAUUCAGGUGGAGUUUGUGUCAGCUGACCUGGAGGAGGACAUCAUCAGCCGGAUAUUCCGAAUCUACAACGCUGCACGGCCCCAGGAUGGGUACAGGAUGGUGCAGCAGUUCCAGUUCCUGGGCUGGCCCAUGUACCGCGACACACCCGUGUCCAAGCGCUCCUUCCUCAAACUCAUCAGACAGGUGGACAAGUGGCAGGAGGAGUACGACGGAGGAGAGGGACGCACUGUAGUGCACUGUCUGAAUGGAGGAGGACGCAGCGGGACGUUCUGUGCAAUCAGUAUUGUGUGUGAAAUGCUGAGACACCAGCGCUCAGUGGACGUGUUUCAUGCCGUCAAGACACUGAGGAACAACAAACCCAACAUGGUCGACUUACUGGAUCAGUAUAAGUUCUGUUAUGAAGUGGCACUGGAGUAUUUGAAUUCUGGUUAAGUUUGGCCUUCGAGGGUUCCACCCUUUUCCUCUACCCCUCCCCUCUCCACGACCCCCCCACCCCCUUUCCCCGGCACCCCGCUUUACCUGGACUGAGACGCAAACACGCAUGAAUGUUUUUUGAAAAAGUGCUGGACGCGAGGCCCAGCGUAGACCGAGUGCUGCUUAGGCCGCCCCGAGUCAGGAGAUGCUGGCGACGUGGGAUUGUGGUCUUCGGAAGGGCGAACGGGAUGGAUUAACGGGAAAAAAAUCAAGAGAAACCUUUGACGUUUUUUGUUUAAAGAAGGGAGGACCGGACGCUUGCACUGUCCAGCUGAACUGUCUGUGGUGAUCCGUGACCCCCUUCACCUCUGACCCCAUCCUGACCUUGAUAUUUGACCUUGACCUUUGAACCCCAUGUGCUCUGUGUAUGUACAUUUCAGCAAGAGUCCGCUGGAGCCACGCGCUACUGUAUCCCCCUUGCCCACCUCCCCACCACCCCACCCACCACCCACCAGCAUCCCUUAAAAACUUUGAGGAGCACACUGAUGUACUUUGCCGCUCAUUCGUCCAAGUCGUUUCAUUCUUUCAUUUCCUGACACUCCACUUUCUCUCUCUCUCUUUCUCUUCUUCUCUCAUUUUCCCUCUUUUGCCUGUGACUCCUGUUUAUUGCCUUUUUAUCCUCGUUGGAUUCUAGUUGUCAUUUCCGUUUUUGUGGGGAAUGCAAUGUUAGCGUAAUUUUUUAUUAUUAUUUGUUUUAUUUUUAUUUGAUUUUCUACUUCUGUUUGUUAAUGCGAGGCAGUAUGAAAUGUACAGCUGAAGAAAAAAAAACUGGCAUUAAGAGUGCAAAUUCUAAAUGUAAUGUUGCCAUUGCUGUGGUUGCUAGGGGUGUCUUUUUGCUGAACCUUGGGACCUGCUGAUACAGUCCACACGCGCAAGCUUACCGUCAUGUCAAAUGAUCCAAAGCUUUUAUGUGUUGUCCUUGUUAAUAUUGUAAAUAUUUGAAGUUCGGCAGAUUAUUUAUUCAUUGAGAGUUUUGUGAAGCACAUUGAUUGACAAUCAUGUUUUUAUUUGGUCAUUACUUUUCUCCCUUCACGGACUCUACAUAAUGUUGACAAAUGCUAUUGAUAGCCUUUUAUUUAUCUUGUAUGGAGAAUUGAUUCAAACUUACAAAUACAUGCAUAUCUAUAUAUAA